CUUAACUUGAACAUUCAGUCAGUUGUUUUUGUUUUUUUUUAGAAAAAUAAUAUUGUGGGUACUUAACCUAAAUAAUUAAACCUGUGAGAUGAAUGUGUCAUUUUCAUUCCUUCUUUUUUUUUUUUUUUUUUUAAUCUUUUUGUCUCUCCAUGUGCACUUCAUCGUCUUGUUUGAACAAGUUGACCGUUACUGUGAAGGCUGCCGCUGCUCUGCUCCGUCCUCCAUGUUGUUUCUCUCCGACUUGACUGCAGGAAGAAGGUGUCCAUGAUGACAACUUUAAACUACCAGCAGUAGCCCGGAGGUCGACGCUACCUGCUGGUUUUAUACAGCAGAAAUGCCCCUGGGUCGUCGCCGCGUCGAGUUUCGUCUUCGUCUGGGAGUAGCGCAGCGGGCUAACGUCAGCUAGCUGUCCGGCUAGCAUGAACCGGGGCCGCCGCUGCUUUUGUUUACAGCCAGUCCUGGUGACGGGCCUGGAGAGGCGUGUUAGCUAACCCCGCUACCCCAGCUGCUCCGCGGAGGGUGUCACCCGCCAGCCCGCACCUCCACGACCGGGGAGGUCCGUCCGAACCGCCGCCACCUGAGGGUGAUGGAAGUGUCCUCUCAGGAUCCACCCCUCAUGGCUAUGGACCUGUCAAAGAGCUACCACCCCCGGACCCGCAGUCAUGCUGAGGCCAUGGACCUGGCCAAGAAGCCCGAGUGGUACCACAGACGCCCACCAAGCUGCAGCACUGACAUCGCCUCCUCGUACAGAUCCAGAGCAUCGUCCUCCUACAACUCUCUCUCCUCGCAGCCAGGUGCUCCGGUCCACUGCAGGGACAUGGAGCAGGGCCCUGAGUCUCUGGGGAACUACAUGAAUUCAACACUAGCUCCUGGACUCGAUCUGUACCGCGACGGAGUUCACAACAACCUUUGGCAUCCAGGUUUCUACGGGCCCGACCAAAGUGGCAGUGCGGUUCCUGAAAGCAGCGGUGGAGAAGAGAGCGACAGCGGCUCUGAUGUUAUUUUCCUUGUUUCCUCAGCGAAGGAGCCGCUUUUGUGCGGUUCUUUCAUCCAGGACAACGUGAGGCACAUCGUGGAGCCCCUGUCCCCCGCCGUGUCCUCACUGGAUGAAGGCAGAGGUUGUUAUCACCUACCUCAGCCUCUGAGCUCACCAAGUCCUGACAGCUCGUACUCAGAAGACUCCUCGGACAGCUCAGUGGACAUUCCUAUACACCACGCCAGGCCUGUAGUCCUCCUGUCGGACCUCAGCGCUGUUUACGCUAACCCUGCUGAAUCUGCGGUGGAUAUUUCAAGUGACGACAGUGACGUUAUCGAAGUUUCAGUGAGUAAUGAGAAGAAGAAAAACCACGGUUGUAAGAAAACUCCUCCUCAGAGCGAGAGUGAAAAAACUCCAAAUGGUGAAGUGCGACGCAGCACCAGAAUCAGAAAAUCUGUGUCCGAAAUGCCUCAGUUCCCCUGCGGCGUGUCUCGGCACAGUUUGAGGAGACAAGUCAAAAAUGAUGCUGUGGGUAUAUAUAACGAAAGCUGUGACUCAGAUGACUUUAUGGAGUAUGCGUUGAGGUUGUCCAGCUCAGAUGAGUCAGUUUCACAGCCAAAUCUGUCGCAAAGAGCGAGCAGCAAUUCGGAGGAAUCUGAUGUGGACGUCCAGCCCGACAGCAAGUCCCCACAGAGGGAGGAGGAGGAGGAGCAGCAGCCGCCGAGCAGCAAAGAUUCAUACACAAAGAGCAUUAAUCACAAACGAAAGAGGUCCCUGACUGUCCCUAAAGCUAAAAAGUUAAGAGCGAAGCAGGAACAGAACAGCAGAACCUCCCCACCGCAGCAUCAGAAGGCCUCAGCCUGCAAGAACGCAACGGCCAACAAAAAGACUGCCACGCGACGAAAGCGAAAGAGGCAUCCUCAGACUGGACCUUCAGCUCUGUUUUCUCCCAGAGAGCCUGAGAUCAAGCUCAAAUAUCUAAACGCUAAAGAGGACAAAAAGGACAAGAAAUUGAACAGUUUCUGCCCGUUUGUUCGUGUGGAGAAGAGGAUAUGCACUGUGGUCAACUACCAGGAGGAGGAGGCGACAGUCCGGAGCAGCAGAGGAGGACAGCAGGCAGCUGCCAGGUCUCUGUCUGGGUUUGUUCCCAACACGUCCUGUUUCCAGCAGGGCCGGCUCAGCUCGGACAGCAGAUGUCAGGCCGUGCUGCUGUGCUGCCUGUGCAGCCAAACAGCCAACGCCAUGGGCCUCGGGGACCUUCACGGCCCGUACUAUCCCACCGGCCCACCUGUGGACAGUCAGAACUGCAGGACUGAGCUGAAGGAGGAUUUGAAUGGACUUUCUAACAGCCAUUCAGGAAAUUCCUCAGACAACAACUGCGCUGCUGUUAAAAGCCACUCUCCCCCAAAGGUGCCUCUUGAUCUGGAUGAGUGCUGGAUCCAUGAGGACUGUGGCAUCUGGUCCACCGGUGUCUUCCUGAUCAGAGGAAAGCUGUACGGGCUGGAGGAGGCAGCCCGGCUCGCACAGGAAACAAUUUGUUCAACCUGCCAUCAAACAGGCGCAAUAAUGGGCUGUUUCCAGAAGGGCUGCCCCAGGAAUUAUCACUACAAGUGUGCCAUUCAGUCAGGCUGUGUCCUAAAUGAAGACAACUUCUCGAUGAGAUGUCCAGAGCACAAGAACAAACCGUUCACAAGUGCAACCAGACAACACAAGAGAUGACACAGAAGACACGGGGGGGCACUGGAGAAAGAUCCUCAGAUCUCCUCAGGGUGCGACUGGAGCUGCCUGACUUCACCUCAGCUGUUUUGUAACACUAAUUAAUGUGUGUGCUCGAGCAGAAGGCAAACCUUCUGGUAAGAUUUCAGUCGCCACGACAGAUCCAACCACGGGCUACUUCAAGUUUUUUUUUGAUAAAUAUGUAUAUAGAGAGAUAUAAGAAAUGUCUUUUGUUUUGUUCUGUUCUUCUGUAGGUCUUUAACACAGGCAGUUUCACCAAUUGGACUGAGCCGCGAUGGUGAUUGUGUGUUUUUAUUCCACUUCUUGAAGAUUCACACUUGGACUAGCCACAUCACAAAGACCGUUUAUUAUUUAAGCAUAGUUACUAUAUUAGAGUUUAACUGAUCUCUAUCGAUCUGUUGUAUAGGAUAUAAUAUCUUUAUAUGAGGCCACUUUUUGCUACAGUUUUUGUACUACUUUUCUAUUCCCGUUAGGGCUUCAGUCACCACAUAAUUUAUGUUCCUCAAGUUGCAUGCACAGUUGCUACGAUGCACUUUACAGUAUGAUUUUAUUACAUCAGUUGUUAUUUAUGUCUUUCUGUUCUUCCUUUUUCUACUAAAAUUAUUUAAGUUUAAUAUAAAGCUGCACUAAGCUAAGGUUUGCUUAUGAACAUGAGGACUUUUUGUCUAAAUGUCAAAGAUCAUCCCAUCCUCGCUACCUGAGACCACAGACUGUACAUUCACCAUAUUCAAGCGUAUUACUUUUCAUCACUGGUGUCGGGUCCGGACGCUUCUCUGCUUUCAGGAUGUGGAAACUUAGGAACAAAAUGUCUCAAAAAGAGCGGCGGCGAAAAGAUGCAAACUUCAGUGUUUAGCUGUAAUGUCACUUUACAAAGGGACUUCAAAAAAAUGGGAAGUUAAAGGGUCAGUUCAACCAAAUCACAAAGCAGCACCUAAAUGUGUCUAAUUUGACUUUGUAGAGCUGAAACUCUUCCUGCUUUUUUUUUUUUCUUUUUUUUUUUUAGCAAAACACGCAGACUAAAACUGUAAGUAAUUUGCAUAAUUUGUAGGACUGGUAAAGGUAGUCAAAGGCCCUGUUUAUUUGUUUAGUAAACUAUAUGCCAAGUUCACUGUUAGCAGCUCCUGAUUGUAAUGUGCUAAUAUAUGUAGUAUAAACUCUAACUGGGUCACUUUGAUGCUGCAGAAAACUUCAAAAUGUGACGAUUUUCAGGAAAUUGCUGGAGUUAUAGGUGUUCUUUGUUUUUUUUUAAUGAUUCCUAAGCAGUGGACACUGCAAUUAUAUAAUAAGCAAACAAGUUAACCCCCUGAACCUUCAGCAGUUUCUGGGCAUUUUUUAUGUUUUGUUGCUCUUGUCUUAUUUUUAUUCACUGUGGGCUCACUGCAAUAUAAAGUCCUGCACCUCUAUGGGAACAGGACAACCACGGCUAGACGUAGAGCAAACUCAGAAAUGUCUUAUAUAAUGCCAUUAAUUACCAAAACAAGAAAAAACAAACCUACAUCGUCAUUCAGGUUGUGAGGACACCUGCUGAAUUGCUUUUUACUGAAGCUCCUACCUGAAGAGUUCCUACAGAUGUUACCAGUAGUAGGGAAAAGACAACAGUGACUGAGUUUUUGUCCUGUGACUGUUGAUUGCAGCUUAGUAACUUAUGGCUUCAUGGCUGCACCGAGGAGCUCAGAAUCUUUAGCGUUUUACUGAAUUUGGAUUGAAAAAUAGGUAAAAGGAAAAAGGUAAUUGUUUUUAAAACAGAUGUGUAGAAUAAAGUGAUUUUAAAGAAAUGUUACGAUUUUAUGCUGAGAUUUACUGUAGUUAUUUUUUCCCCGGAUGAGUCGCCCAAAGACAGUUGGAAAGGAAAAAAUCCAGCAGGUCUUAGUGUUUUUACAGUUUCCUGCCCAGAAAGCUAACAUGUCUCUCCAGCCCGCCAGCAGGUUUUGGGGUUCAGAGGGUGAAUGGGAAAUUACCCAGGCUAGAAUGAACCUGAAUUAUCCUGUAAGUCACACUGAGUGUAAAAUAUGAAUUCCAUGUCUGCGUGUUCAGAUUUGAUGUACGAUUUUGGGCGUAAAUUGUGGCAGUAAGUCACUGAAGGUUUUUAAAUGCCUGAACUGCCUCCAUGAGUUGAUGAUGUUGCUAAGCAGUCGACGUACUGUACUUGGACAACAUGCUGUUUUAAAACCCUUGAACACAGAUCUGAAUGUGACCCGUUUUCACUCUGAUUAUCUACAACCAGAUUUUAAAAUCUUCUGCUUCUCUGCUUUUGGCCUCUGCAAAUGAACCUCAGAGUAUGUAAUUAAAAGAACCAUAGAAUAAUUUGAAACGUGCUUUUGUGAUUUGGGUGAACGGAGCCUUCAGUAUGUUUCAUCAGUCGUUGCUGUGUGGAGUAUUUUGCUUUUAUUUCACUUCACUGAGUUGUAACUGGACUGAGUUGUUUAAAAUGAGAAGCUAAUGGUCAGAUUCAUGUCUGCACUUUCUGUUAUUUUGGGAAUAAAAGGAUGUUAUUUAAUAAAAACCGAA